AUGCCUUUCCCGCCACAACCUCCAAAGGAGCGUCCACUCGGCAAUUAUCGCAUGCUCGCCCCUACCGCAGCGGUUCGCGUGUCUCAACUUUGCUUGGGUGCUAUGAAUUUUGGAGACGAAUGGGUCGAUUUCAUGGGAAAGUGUGACCAGAAGGAUACCGAGGAGAUCCUGGAUUAUUUUGUUGAAGCUGGCGGAAACUUUAUUGACACUGCGAAUAACUAUCAAGAUGAGCAAUCGGAGAAGUGGAUUGGAGAAUGGAUGGAGAAACGCAACAACAGAGACCAAAUGGUCAUUGCAACCAAAUUUACAACUGCGUUCAGAGCCGGAAAGGGCGAUGAAGAGAUUAUCAUCAACUCCACUGGCAAUGGAACCAAAUCCCUCCAUGUCUCGCUGAACGCUAGUCUUAAGAAACUUAAAACCGACUAUAUUGAUCUGCUUUACGUUCACUGGUGGGACUUUACCUGCUCCAUCCCAGAAUUGAUGCAGUCUCUGAACAUUGCGGUCAACCAAGGCAAAGUCUUGUAUUUGGGAGUCUCUGAUACCCCUGCAUGGAUUGUGUCAAAAGCAAAUGAGUAUGCUCGUCAGAAUGGACUCCGUCAAUUCUCGGUUUAUCAGGGCAGAUGGUCAGCUCAGAACCGUGAUUUUGAGAGAGACAUCGUGCAGAUGUGCGCAUCAGAAGGAAUGGGUAUGGCACCAUGGGGUGCUCUCGGCGGUGGAAACUUCAAGACGGAGGAGCAAAGAAAAAGCUCUGAGGGAAGGAAUGCGUCAACAUUUGGUGGAGUUCCCGAAGCCGCCAUCAAAGUCAGCAAAGUCCUUGAGAAGAUUGCAAACAACAAGAAAACAUUGUUGACCAGUGUUGCUCUGGCCUAUGUACGAUCGAAGGCGCCGUACGUUUUCCCAAUUGUUGGUGGAAGGAAGAUAGAUCACCUGAAAGGCAAUAUCGAGGCAUUGAGUUUGCAAUUGACGGAGGAGGAGAUUGAAGAAAUUGAAAGUGCCAACGAAUUUGAUAUUGGUUUCCCACACAACUUCUUGGGUGGUGAAAAGGGUGUCAAACAACCUAGCGAUGUCUGGUUGGUUGGAAUGGCCGGGAAAACCGAGCAUGUCCCUUGGCCUAAGGCUAUUGGAAACAACUAG